CCUAAACCCUAAUCCAAUAGUCAUCGCUUCACCACCCUUAAACCCUCAGCAGAACCCUCAAAUUAUCGCCACUGAAAUCCCCCCAUUUCCGUUUUCCCCAAUCAACAAAACAGAAACCCUUGGCUUUCCUCUCUUUCGCCUCACAGAAAUGGCUCUCUCCAAGCCAACCUUUCUCACGCAUCUUCAAAAUUUAGCCAAACGCCACCACCGUUCGCCUCCCUCCUUCAUUACCUUCCGCCACCUCUCCUUCAACACCCCAGAAGAAGCCGCCGCCGAACGCCGCCGUCGCAAGCGUCGCCUCCGCGUUGAACCUCCGCUCUCCUCUGCCCACCGCUCUAAGCAGCAGGCACAACAGGUGGCCCCGUCAAAACCUAUCCAGAACCCUAACGCCCCCAAAAUCCCUGAACCCGUCACCGUACUCACCGGCAACCGCCUAAACCUCCACAACAAGAUCUUAAAACUCAUCCGUGAAAACGACCUUGAAGAGGCCGCUCUGUUCACGCGCCAUUCCGUUUACUCCAACUGCCGCCCCACAGUUUACACCGUCAAUGCCGUCUUAAACGCCCAGCUCCGCCAAUCGAAAUACGCUGAUCUCCUCUCCCUCCACCGCUUCAUUACCCUAGCCGGAAUCGCCCCCAAUGUGAUUACCCACAAUCUUAUCUUCCAAACUUAUCUUGAUUGUAAAAAACCAGAUACUGCCCUCGAACAUUACAAGCAGUUUAGCAAUGAGUCCCCGGUGAAUCCUUCUCCCACUACUUAUAGGAUUUUAGUGAAAGGGUUGGUGGAUAAUGGUAAAUUGGAGAAGGCUUUGGAAAUGAAGGAAGAAAUGGUGGAGAAAGGUUUGGCUCCUGACCCUGUUGUUUAUAGUUAUUUGAUAUUGGGUUGUGCCAAGAGUGGGGAUUCAGAUGGGAUUUUUAAGCUUUUUGAGGAGUUAAAAGAGAAAAAAGAUGGGGUUUUGGAAGAUGGGGUGAUUUAUGGGGGUUUAAUGAAAGGAUAUUUUAUGAGGGGAAUGGAGAAGGAAGCUAUGGAGUGUUAUGAAGAAGCUUGUGGGGAGAAUUCAAAGGUUAAAAUGAGUGCUGUUGCUUAUAAUUAUGUUCUCGACGCAUUAAGUAAGAAUGGGAAGUUUGAUGAGGCCUUAAGGUUGUUUGAUAGGAUGAAAAAUGAGCACAGUCCUCCUAGGAGAUUAGCAGUCAAUUUGGGAAGCUUUAAUGUGAUUGCUGAUGGGUAUUGCGCAGAAGGUAAGUUUAAGGAAGCAAUGGAGGCUUUUAGGUUAAUGGGUGAUUAUAGAUGUAGUCCGGAUACUCUGUCAUUUAACAAUUUGAUUGAUCAGCUGUGUCAAAAUGGACUGUUGGGUGAAGCUGAGGACCUUUAUGGUGAAAUGGGUGAUAAGGGGGUUAACCCUGAUGAGUAUACUUAUGUUUUACUGAUGGAUGCUUGUUUUAAAGUGGAUAGGAUUGAUGAUGGGGCUUCUUAUUUUAGAAAGAUGGUGGAGUCGGGUUUGAGGCCCAACUUGGCUGUUUAUAAUAGAUUGGUCGAUGAAUUGGUUAAAGUGGGGAAGGUGGAUGAGGCAAAAUCAUUUUAUGAUACGAUGGUGAAAAAGCUUAAGAUGGAUGAUGCAAGCUAUAAGUUUAUGAUAAAAGCACUUAGCGACGUGGGGAAGUUGGAUGUUGUGCUGAAAAUGGUUGACGAGAUGUUGGAUGCUGAAAGUGUUGAUUUUAAUGAGGAGUUGCAGGAGUUUGUUAAAGAGGAGUUAAGAAACGAAGGGAGAGAAGAGGAUUUGACAAAGCUUAUGGAGGAGAAAGAGAGACUGAAGGCUGAAGCUAAGGCUAGAGAAAUUGAGGCUGCGGAAGCAGCCAAGAGAAGUGCAAAAGCUGCUGUCUCUUCUUUACUUCCAUCUAAAUUGUUUGGGAAAAAAGAAGAUGAAUCUCAGUCUACUGCGGCCAAUGAAAGCACCAUUGAAGCUGCCUCUGAAGGUGAAGUGCAAGCACAAGAUGGGAAUGCAGGGCCUAGUGAGGAAGCUACUGUUAUAGAGUCUGUUGCAGCAGACUCAAAUUCAGUGGGUGAAGCUACUGUUGCAGAUUCUGGUGCUGUUGAUACAAAAUCAUUCUGAUCAAACGUGGUAAAAAAGUGACGACAAGAACGAGAGCAGGUAAAUAGCUCGAUGGUUUUGCAAUGAGAAAGUAUCGUCUUCUGUAUUCCGUUAUGGACACAACAUUAUCUGCUUGUCCAAUCAAUCUAUUUGUAAUUAAGGGAUAUUGAAAAAUCAGGUUUUGAUUCACUUCA